AUGGAAUCCAAUCAGAAAGUGAGCGGGGACGGACUGGCGGGGACGCAGAAGGAGGAGGCGCUGCGGGCGCUAAUGCAACGCACAGGAUACCAACUGCAGCAGGAGAACGGUCAGCGGCGGUACGGCGGCCCACCGCCCAACUGGGACGGCCCGCUGCCGGAGCGAGGCAGCGAGAUCUUUGUGGGGAAACUACCGCGAGAUCUGUUUGAAGACGAGCUGGUCCCGCUGUGUGAGAAGUUCGGUAAGAUCUACGAGGUGAGGAUGAUGAUGGACUUUAACGGAAACAACCGAGGUUACGCUUUCGUCACCUUCGGCACCAAACUGGAGGCCAAGGACGCCAUGAAACAACUCAACAACUACGAGAUCAGAAAUGGCCGCCUCCUCGGAGUUUGUGCCAGCGUCGACAACUGCCGUCUGUUUGUGGGCGGGAUUCCCAAAACCAAGAAGCGCGAGGAGAUCCUGUCUGAGAUGAGGAAGGUCACUGACGGUGUCGUGGACGUCAUCGUGUACCCGAGUGCCGCCGACAAAUCCAAAAACCGAGGGUUCGCCUUCGUCGAGUACGAGAGCCACCGAGCCGCCGCCAUGGCCCGCCGCAAACUGCUGCCAGGUCGUAUUCAGCUGUGGGGUCACGCCAUCGCCGUGGACUGGGCAGAGCCUGAGGUGGAGGUGGACGAGGACACCAUGGCGUCCGUCAAGAUACUGUACGUCAGGAACCUGAUGCUGCAGACGAGCGAGGAGACCAUCGAGAAGGAGUUCAACAACCUCAGACCGGGUGCGGUGGAGCGGGUGAAGAAGAUCAGGGAUUACGCCUUCGUGCAUUUCACUCAGAGAGACGACGCCAUCAACGCCAUGAACGCCCUCAAUGGAAAGGUGGUGGAUGGCUCUCCCAUCGAGGUGACUCUGGCCAAGCCGGUGGACAAAGACAGUUAUGUACGUUACACGCGAGGGACCGGAGGACGGGGGGGAUCUCUGCUGCAGACUGAUUACACUGCCUACACACUGGGACAGGUGUACGACCCCUCAGCGGCGUACCUCGGUCCACCCGUGUUUUACGCCCCACAGGCCUACGCCGCCAUACCGGGUCAGUUCCGCUUCCCGCCGGCGGCUAAAGCUCACGUUGGAGGUCGAGGUCUGAUCAGGACGCCGUCUGUCAGAGAAAUUUACAUGACUGUACCUGUAGGGGCUGCUGGGGUGAGGGGGCUGGGCGGGCGGGGAUACCUAGCCUAUGCCGCCGGGGUCGGAGCCAUGGGGGGAGUCGGCGGAGGCGCCUGUUAUGGCCUAAAGAUGGACAAGCAGGCGGAGGAGAAGCUGUACGACCUGCUGCCGGGCAUGGAGCUGACCCCCAUGAACCCGGCCGCCAUGAACCUGAAGGCCGCCGCCAUCAAACCUGCAACGCAGGUUCUGGAGGAGUUGUGUCAGAAGAAUAACUGGGGUCAGCCCGUCUAUCAGCUCCACUCUGCCAUCGGUCCAGACCAGAGACAACUCUUCCUCUACAAGAUCACCAUACCUGCUUUGGCUACACAGUACCCCAACGUGCAUCCCUUCACGCCUGCUAAGCUGUGUGCAGCUGUGGAAGAAGCUAAAGUCCACGCAGCCGAGCACACCCUGCAGACGCUCGGCCUGCAGACGGACGGCGCCGCCGACGCCGCCUGUGCCACUGCCGCCGCUGUGGCCUCGGUAGCCUUCCCAGGUUACACUCUGGCGAGCCCUGCGGCGUCUGCGGUCGCCUCCCAGCUGAAGCAGGCCGUCUCUCUGGGUCAGGAUCUGACCACCUACACCACCUACGAGGGAUACCCCGCCUUCGCUGUGGCGACGCGCCACACUGACGGAUACGGUGUUUUCUAA